CCGGGUCGAAACCAGGGGCUGACUCAAAGUACCGCCUGGUGACCAAAUAACCAUACAUGGAAAAGAAUGAGUCCUUCUCUUCCAGCACCUUGUCACCCUUUCUGGUCACUGAUUGGCUGCCUGGAUCUUCUCUAACAGGUCACUGGCCGAGGCAGAUGUCCAUCAGACUGGUUUGGGCUUGGGACAGAAAGGCAUCCGCACUCCUGCUGCUGUCAGCAGUGCUGCAGUGUUGUUAAAUUCAACUAGUAACAGUGUCACCACAGGAUUUACUUGCACUUUGGCUAUAAUGACUCGUUGCUGCAGGUGGAGAGAGGAUCGAGUCAGUGUGUGACACAUUAAAGCUAUUCAUUGCUCCUCUCAGUGGAGCCAGUGAUGGGGACCAACAGCCAGGUCACCACGGCCAUGGAAACUGAAAAUGACAUCCCAGCUCCCGCUCAGUUUAGUGAUGACACUGCAGUGUGCAUUGCUUCGGUGAAAGGCUUAAAAGAGAACUGGCAGAAGUGGUCCAGUGAGCACCAGGAGUACCAGAAGCACAACCCCUUCAGUCACGACACCAGGCCCAGUGUGGUGGUCCCUCAGAGGGGCCAGGACGACUAUGGAAGGCCCCUGCAGGGCUCCAUGACGGAGCAGCGGGGGAAGGAUGCUCACACACACAUCAGCAGAGAGGUUGAGGAGCUGUGUGAGGUGAUAAGGAACAUCGGAGAGCCGAGAGACAAAGACGGGGAUGGAGGCGACUGCGACGGCAAAGUGACCACUGUGGAAUUUGGGAAACUGUUUGAGCAUUAUGUGACCAUCUCUAAUAAACUGGUGGGAAUCCUUCUGCGAGCGAGGAAGCAGAAGCUGGUUGACUUUGAGGGGGAGAUGCUGUGGCAGGGGCAGGAUGACCGUGUAGUUAUCACUCUGUUGCAGUGAUCAGAAACUUGGAUUAGCAUUUAUGCCUUGAUUCAUGUUAUAUGCAGUGGCAAAUAUACUAUAAAUAUAGAUACUACUGCUACUUCAUGUCAGCACUGACUGUAGCGUUCAGACACCAGGAGGACCUGAUUGAAUGUGCUUUAGUUACAGAACUGUUCUUGACAGAGAGCUAUUUUUUUUCUCCUGCUUUAACAACUUAAAGCCUUCGCUGGAUGGUUUGUGAUCCUGCACAUCUAGCUGACUCACAGGGUAACAAGUCUGCUGUCCAAAGUGCAGCUACACGCUGGGGUAUAAAAAAAAAUUGUAAAAACUCACAAAGUAAUGGACUAACACAAGUUAAUCACAAAUAUAAACACAGUCAUGGAUUUGUGUAGUACCAGGUGAAACACCAGUUAGCAGCUCAUGUCAUCAAAGCAUUUGAUAGCAUCUGUAACUUAAGAGAAGGUGCAUCCAUCAACAAUCAUGUCAAAGGGAAUCAAUUCAUGACAGGAUUAUACAAAAACGAUAGAAAUAUUGGCGAUUAUUUGAAAUUUAGCAACAGAGAUGCAACAGAUGUAAAUUAUAUUUAAGAGAGUUUGAUCCUGAUAUGUCCACAUUUGUAGCUGAUGUAGGGGGGACAUUUUAAGUUAUGGUAUAUUAUAUUUUCAUACAAUAUAUUGCUAAACCACCCCUGGUCUUAAUAACAGUAGGAAAAGUUAACAUUCCCAACCCCUUACGUUAUAUUUCCUCCAUUAGCUUUUUAUUGUGAGGGAAGAUGAGUCAGCAGCUGAAGUGAAGUCAGAGUGGUUAAUGACUCUGAACCAAAGCCAAAGAGAACAUGAGGCUGCCUGUGAGACAAUAUGGUGCUAUAGGGUGAACUUGACCCUACUUGGCUUGAGUGCUUCGGUGCAUGUAUUUAUUACAAGUGUGCCCUGUAAUUUAGGAAACCUCAACACAGUUUGAAGCUUUGUAUACCUGCAGCACACUGAAAGGGAUGCACAAGAAACUGAAAAUGCAGCUGCAACGGAGAACUACAUUGUAAACUGUACACUGACUGAUACAGCCAUUAUAUCUGCUGCUAUUAAGAGUAAUGGCCAUGCAAACAAGCACAUUUUUUUUUUAUCACAAGGACAUAGUAUUUUGAUAAAUUACCAAGUACAGCUUAUGUCAUUACGGUAUUAUAAUAAAGGAAAGAAACAGCA